AUGGCGCCGGCGACGACGCAGUUCGAAGACGACUUCUCGCCGCUGGCGGCGAGGUACGGCUCGCUGCCGAUGCUGACGCCGACGGCGGCGUCUGUGCGGCCGUUCCAGCUGAGCAGGAGCCGCUCCCAGUCCAACCGACAGCUGGGAUCGCCGACGCGCUCGGUCAGCACCGCCGCCGCCGCCGUCCGCUCGCCGCCCGCCGGCGGGCCGCACAGGAAGGUGGACGUGCCGCUGGCGGUGCGCGAGGUGCUGCAGCAGCUGCCCGGCAUCCCGGUCUCCGAGGUCCGCUCGGCGCUGCACACCUGCGCCGGUAACACCCAGGGUGCUAUCAAGUUUCUGAAGGUGGACCGGCUGUACCGGCUCGGCCUGGCCACCAAGCCGCAGUGCGAGGCCAUGCUCUGCUCGUUCAACUGGGACGUGGAGCUGGCCGCCAGCCGCAUGCUGGACACCAUGUGAGGCGGCGGC